AUGGGUAUUUGGAUCCCUGGGAGUGGCAGCAUCUCCCCGACCACCAAUCCUACUUCCCACCCAGCCCUCACAGUCUUCCUUCAGGGAAUCAACUUCUAUAAUAAAGGGGCCAACCGUUCCCACCAAUGGGGGAUGGUGGUUGGUUGGCAAGCUGAAUUGGAGCAGUCAGAGGAUGCCAGGAUUAGAGCAGACAGGAAAAGCGGGAGGAGAAAGGGGUUAUUCUUUGGAGAAGCCAUGUUCUAUAACCAGAUGAUGCCAAGAUAUUCCAACACCACAGAGAGCAUCGUACAAUUCAAAAACCAGGACUUUACCUCCUUGAGGAAUCACUGUUUAAGGAGAGGCAGGCUUUUUGAAGAUGCCAUGUUCCCGGCCAAUGACAGUGCCAUAGGGCAGAUACUCAUGAAUGAAAAAGCUAUUCGAAACCCUGAGUGGAGGAGACCAAAGGAAUUAUCAGGGACCAGUUCCCCUCACUUUAUUCUGGAUGGUAUCAGCAAAUUUGAUAUUCAGCAAGGAGAAGCAGGUGACUGCUGGUUUCUAGCAGCCCUAGGCUCUUUAACCCACAAACCUGAACUUCUGGCAAAGAUCAUACCAACAAACCAAAGCUUUGCACAAGGAUAUGCAGGGAUUUUCCAUUUCCAGUUUUGGCAAUGUGGACAAUGGGUGGACGUGGUGGUGGAUGACCGUCUCCCUGUGAGCUCCAUCAGUAGAAAAUACCUGUUUGUUUAUCCCCGUGGAGGGAGCAACCAAUUUUGGCCCUGUUUGCUUGAGAAAGCUUAUGCCAAACUCCAUGGCUCCUACUUCCAGUUGCAUUAUGGCAUCAUGGCUGACUCAUUGGUGGAACUGACAGGAUGGGUGGUUACAAAAGUCAAUCUUCAGGAAGUCCAUCUCAAUCUGUUCAAGAAUUUGAAAGCGGCUGAGCAAUCUGGCUCACUAAUAACAUGUGGGAUUGCAUCUUCAAACAACUUCAACCAGUCGGGACUAGUGAAUAAUCAUGCUUAUACAGUGACAGGAAGUGAAGAGGUUAUUUUGGACACUGGCCGAGAAGAACUCAUCCGAUUGUGGAACCCCUGGGGCCGUCAAGAAUGGACUGAACGUUGGAGUGAUAAUUCCCCAGAAUGGCAGAGAGUCCAAGAAUCAGAGAGGACCAGGCUUUAUAAGAAGAAAGAAGAUGGAGAGUUUUGGAUGUCCCUUCAAGAUUUCCAGAAGUUAUUUACCAGCAUGUUUAUUUGUUAUCAAUAUCCAAUGGUAAUGAACGAUAGAGAAUUGGACAAUGGAACAUGGUUCCAAAUUCCAUAUGAAGUCAAAAAGAUCCAAGGAAAUAUUGUGCAAGAUAGUAGCUCUGAUGCCCUCGGGAAUACGCUUCAGUACUUUUUCUCUGUGACAGAGCCCAUGGAAAGUAUUAACGUGGUAGUCUCCAUCAACAUCCAGCCUGACCAGAGUAGAAAGAUGAUGCUACUUUUUAAAGUAUACAAGUUCCAUGAUCUCCACAACCCAUUGAAUCCGAUGUAUUUUGAAUUCACAAGUCAUAUUCGGGGCAAGAAUGUUAUAUCCAGAUGGAAUCACACAGAAAGCUUCCACCUGGUCCCUGGCACCUAUGUGGUGGUUCUCACAGUUGACAGAGAACGGAAGUUCUUCCUUCGAAUCUUCCUGAAACAUCAAGGUGUUUACAGGAAACUCUGCAAAGGCUUCAAGUUCACGAGCUUCAAGAAGAAUCUUCCAGAACUCCAGCAUCAUGAGAUCAUUUUCAACAGAUAUGCCCAACAGGGCCCAGAUAUGGAUGCUUCACAGCUGCAAAGCCUUCUCAACAAAGAACUCCUUAAAAGUAACUCUUCUGAAUCCCUAGAAAGAAAGUUCACCUUUGAUGAGUGCCGGAGUAUUUUGGCUCUAAUGGAUGUCAAGGCUAAUGGACGUCUUGACAUACAAGAAUUUAGGCAGCUGUGGAAGAAGCUUAUUCGAUAUCAGGGCAUUUUCUGGAAAGUAGAGAAGAAUGGCUCUGGAUUCCUCAUGGGUUUUAAUCUGCAGAAAGUCAUACAAGAAUCAGAAUUAUUCCUAGAUACUUCCAUUAACAGUGAGCUACUAGACCUCAUGGCCAUUAGGUAUGGAGAUGGAGCUGGAAAAAUAUAUCUCGCAGACAUAAUCUGUUUCCUCAUCCGGAUUGAAAUCAUGUCAAGGGCUUUUCAUAACCUCUCAAAAGAUGGGAAAGGACUCUACUUGACCAAAACUGAGUGGAUCAAGUUCACUAUGUAUUGCUGA